UGAGUUAAUAAUCUGCACAUAAAACAACGAAGACACUAAAAUGGAACAAGAGGAAACAGAAAAGCUUAUUUAUUUUAAAUCUGCUGCCUCACAAAUAAAAUAAUAUAAUUAAUAUGUAAUUAAAUAUCAAAUGAGAUAAAAUGAGACAAGACUAGAUGUUUCCCUCCGUCUGAACUGAGUGCAUUCUCUGAAGCAGCAGGUCUCUAAGUCGUCCGUCCAUGCCUCCUCCGUCCUCCAUGUCUGCGGCGAGGAGCUCCGGGACCCUGAGGGACCUGCAGCUGGCCCUGCAGCUGAAGAUCGAGGAGCUCCGUCAGAGAGACGCCCUCAUCGAUGAGCUGGAGCUGGAGCUGGACACCAAGGACGACCUGAUCCGACAGCUGCAGGUGGAGCUGGACCGGCAUCGCAGCGCCUCCCAGGACAAAGCCUCCGGCGGAGAGGGGGACACCACAGGGUCGGUGGUUCAGACUCCAGCGGGACCAGACGAACCUCAGCGCACCAAGAGACAGGCCAUCUCUGCAGAGCCCACAGCGCUGGACCCGUCCCAGCUCACCGACGUCACCCUGACCAGCUACUGCAAGAGCAAAGAGUCCAGUGAUCUGAUCCAAAGAGCUCUGAUGGACAACGACUUCAUGAAGCAUCUGGAGCACGGGCAGAUCCUCACCAUCAUGGACUGCAUGCGUCCCACCAGCCUGACCAAAGGCUGCUGUGUGAUCCAGGAGGGCGACGACGGAUCCACCGUCUACGUCCUGGAGGAGGGGAUGGUGGAAGUGACCAAACAAGGGAACAAGCUGUGCAGCAUCGGUCCAGGGAAGGUGUUUGGAGAGUUGGCCAUUCUCUACAACUGCACCCGCACGGCCACGGUGACAGCGCUGACUGACAUCAAGCUGUGGGCCAUCGACCGCCAGGGUUUCCAGACCAUCAUGAUGAGGACGGGCCUCAUCAAACACUCUCAGUACACGGACUUCCUGCGCAGCGUCCCCUCCUUCCAGUCGCUGCCUGAGGACGUCCUCAGUAAACUGGCCGACGUCCUGGAGGAGACUCAUUACAGCGACGGUGAUUACAUCAUCAGGCAGGGAGCCACCGGAGACACGUUCUUCAUCAUCAGCGAGGGACAGGUGAAGGUGUCUCAGCAGAGAUCAGCCACCGACCAACAGGACACGAUCAAGACCCUGAGCAAGGGAGACUGGUUCGGAGAACAGGCUCUGAAAGGUGAAGACGUGAGAACAGCCAGCGUCACGGCGGUAGGCGGAGUCACGUGUCUGGUCAUCGACAGAGAGUCGUUCAAACAGCUGAUCGGAGGACUGGAGGACGGCAGCAACAAACAGUACGACAGCGACGAGAUCAAAGCCAAACGACAGGCUGAGGUGGACUUCUUCUCCAGUGUGUCUCUCAGUGACUUCAACAUCAUCUCCACUCUGGGGAUGGGAGGGUUCAGCCGUGUAGAGCUGGUUCAGCUGAAGAACGACUCCAGCCAAUCAUUCGCCCUCAAAGUGUUGAAGAAGCGUCAUGUGGUGGACACCAGCCAGCAGGGCCACAUCCUGUCAGAGCGCCGCAUCAUGAUGGAGGCGCACAGUCCCUUCAUCAUCAGGUUGUAUCGUACCUUCAGGGACUCUAAGUAUCUGUACAUGCUGCUGGAGGCUUGUCUGGGGGGGGAGCUGUGGACGCUGCUGAGAGACCGCGGCUCCUUCGACGACAGCAGCACUCGGUUCUACACUGGCUGUGUGAUCGAGGCCCUGGCCUUCCUCCACUCCAGAGGAAUCAUCUACAGAGACCUGAAACCUGAGAACAUCAUCCUGGACCACAGAGGAUACGCCAAGCUGGUGGACUUCGGCUUCGCUAAGAAGGUGGGUCUGGGGAAGAAGACGUGGACGUUCUGUGGGACUCCAGAGUACGUGGCUCCUGAGAUCAUCCUCAACAAAGGCCACGAUAGCUCAGCAGACUGCUGGUCUCUGGGGAUCCUGGUCUACGAGCUCCUCAGUGGGAGUCCUCCCUUUUCAGGCUCCGACCCCAUGAAGACCUACAACAUCAUCCUGAGAGGCAUCGACAUGAUCGAGUUUCCCAAGAAGAUCACCAAGAGCGCCGCCAACCUCAUCAAGCGUCUCUGCAGGGACAAUCCUUCAGAGAGACUGGGGAACCAGAAGAACGGAGCCAAGGACAUCCAGAAACACAAGUGGUUCGAGGGCUUCAACUGGGACGGGCUCCGGCAGGGAACCAUAGACCCCCCCUUCACCCCCACGGUGGACGGUCCGUUGGACAACAGUAACUUUGACUAUUUCCCUGAGGACAGCGAGGAGCCUCCUCCUGAUGAAGAGUCUGGAUGGGACCUCGAGUUUUAACACGACAGAAAACCAACAAAUAAAU